AUAAACAUUCUUCUUUCUCUGUACCACACAGCCGCCCUUCGCGACCGUCCGAUUUUAAAUCAGCGUUUCCGGUUCAUUUGACGGCAACUCUCUCUCUCUCUCUUCUCUCUCUAGAAUUGAUGAAGAAAAGCAUCUAACUUUUUUUUUGAUUUUGAAAUUGAACAAUACGAGGGUUGACCUGUUUCGUUCGGUGGUGUUCAUACCCAUCUCUCUCUCUCUCUCUGUAAGGUCCCUGGAUUUGAUCUUCUUCGUUUCGAUCGAAAGAAUACGCCUUUUAUUUCGAAAAUGGAUUUGGAAAGCAUGAUGGACUGUACAUCAACCAUGAUGGAUGUGACAGAUGAUGAAGAGAUCCACCAAGAUCGCCAUUCUUCUUACGCUUCCGUUUCCAAGCAUCAUCAUCAUCAUACUAGUAGUAAUCACACCAAUGCUGCUGCUGCUUCUGGUCUUCUUCCCACCACCACCAGUGUUCAUGAGCUUCUCGAAUGUCCUGUCUGCACCAAUUCUAUGUACCCUCCCAUUCAUCAGUGUCACAAUGGACAUACUCUGUGUUCAACCUGUAAAACCAGGGUUCACAACCGCUGCCCAACUUGUAGACAAGAGCUUGGUGAUAUCCGUUGUUUGGCACUGGAAAAAGUAGCUGAAUCACUUGAACUACCCUGUAAACACAUGUCACUUGGAUGUCCUGAAAUCUUCCCUUAUUACAGUAAGCUCAAACAUGAGACUGUAUGUAACUUCAGGCCUUAUAACUGUCCUUAUGCUGGAUCCGAGUGUUCUGUUACGGGCGAUAUCCCUUUCCUAGUUGCUCACCUGAGGGAUGAUCAUAAGGUUGAUAUGCAUUCUGGCUGUACUUUCAACCAUCGUUAUGUCAAGUCUAAUCCUCGUGAAGUCGAAAACGCCACAUGGAUGUUAACUGUCUUUCACUGCUUUGGUGGAGAUAGGAAAGAGCUGAAACUCCGAGUCACUGGAAGGAUCUGGAAAGAGCAACAACAAAGUGGUGAAGGUGGAGGAGGAUCUUGUAUCCCAAACUUGUCCUGA